AUGGUGCCGUAUUAUGGAGAAGCCCUGGUCCUCUAUUCUGCUUUUGUCCUCCAACUGGUCGCAAUCUCUUCUGAAGGAUGGAUAUGUGGGAGGAUUUACUCCAAUUGUUUUCUUAAUGAACCCCAUCCCUUUACGUCCAUUACCCUGGCACUUCUGGUUAUAGCUACGAUUUUUACUCUAAUUGCAGCAAUUCUGCAAACCAUCUGCAUCGUUAAACACACUGAACGAUACCUCUUGUAUUCAAAAAUUUCAACGUUUUGUGCUGCUAUAUUUGGUGUGGCCGGCAUAUUCUACUAUUUCGACCUAUUUUUCAAACAAUAUUGGAGUCAGCAUAUUGCUGGAUUCGUAGCUGGUAUUACAACGGGGCUAUCAGCUUACCAAAUGACAAACGUCUUCCAAGAAGUAUUCGAAAAUUGUAGAUUGCGUAAAGGAUAA